UUUCAACUCCGCGCUCAGAAAGUUCUUCCUCAAAAACCGCGUGUUUUGUUUUUUUUCUUCGAAAAAGAAAGAAAAAAGUUCUCGAAUUUCCCCAACAGCUACCGAACUAAAAACAUGAACGUGAUGAAGUCGUGCGUGCUGUGCCACAAACCUGCGGAACUAAUGUGCAGCCGCUGUUUCGCUUUCUACUGCACGAUGCAGUGCCAGAUCGAGGACUGGGAGAUUCACAAAAAGAGCUGCAUCGCACUGCCGAAACUGGUCCCGAACGCGAGCUACCUGAGCGUGCUGGGCGUUUCGCGCACCGAGUCGAUAUCCGCCGCCGGCCUGGGUCGGAUGUGGCAAAACAACGCCCGGGCGCUGAAGCCCCUCCGGAAGCCGAACAUUCCGCUGGGGACGAUCGAGGUGUCGCUGGACCGGGAGGCUACGGCGAAGCUUACGGAACCGGAGGCGGAGCCGGUCUCGAAGGAGAUUACCGUUACGGCGCCGGCGCCGUCCAGUUCCGUGGCCGAUGCGGUCGAGCGGGUGGCCAAGAUGAAGCUGCAGGAGGUCGAGAAGCAGCAGCAGGUUGAAGUUAAUGGGGGAGGGGCCAAGCCGCAAUCGUUGGCCAAGCUGAAGAUUGACAUAAUCAAGAAUCACCAGGUGAACAAGGGGAAGGUUGGGCCGGUCGUUGCGGCGGCGGCGGCUUCGCCGGAAGUGAAGGUUGUGCCGCAGCAACCAAGGCCGUGGCUGUUGCACUUUCCGAUCGAGAAGCCCGUCGGGGAGCCGUUUGAGGUGAUCGUUCAGUGUCUGGUUGGGUCGAACCGGGCCUGGGUCAUGUUGGCCAGUUACGAGGCGGAUAGCGACAAGCUGUUGAACGACAUCAACCAGCAGCUGGGCGCGGCCGGCGAACCGGUCAAGUAUGAUGAGGUUCAGGUCGAAGGCAUCUACGCGGCGCCGUACGAGAACUACUUCUACCGGGUUGUGGUGCUGGAAAAGACCGUCCCGUCGAAGGGCUUGCUCAAGGUUCGGCUGAUCGAUUACGGCAACGAGUUGGUCAUUCCGUCGACGGAGUUGCGACCGCCGCUGCUGUUGAUGAAGAAUCUGCGCGCGUUCGCGUUUCAGGUGGAGAUCGUCAAUUUGAGCCAUCCGCUCGAAGUCAACGAGCGCAUCCUGAUUCGGAUGAAGGACGCUGCGGUGGUUGAUGGCCGUAAGCUGGUGGAGAUCGUGCAGCCACCGGUGACGCCGUACCUGCUGGACAUGCUGGGCUCCGCCGAGGACAAGUUCGGCGAGGGGGGAAUUAUUGCGAUUCUGUCGUCGCGCACGGCCUUGGUCAUGGUGACCAGUGCCGUGGUGAAGCCGACCAUGAAGGUGCUGUACACCCAGCUGCCGGAGUUGGCUCCGAAGCAGUUCUUGCCGUUGGCCGAUAAGCUUAAGAUUGGCGAUCUGGUUUGUAUCGAGACCGCGGACGACGGUUGGUCCCGGGGACUGGUCGUGGAGCAGCACGACAAAAACUGGCUGUUUUACACGGUGGACAACGGAACGGUCGAGCUCAUCUCGGACGAGAAGCAGAUCCGAGCGCUGCCGGAGGAAUACAGACAGAAGCCGUACCUCGUUCUGCAGAUGGACCUCUCGCGGGUCAUCAUGAAGGAGCUCGAGUUCAAGCAGCGGUGCUACCUGCCAAGCUUUGCCUUCGGCUUUGAGCGACUUUCGUACGAUCAGCAGACUCGCACCAUGAAGGCAACCCUCAAGGACGUCGAGGGAAAGCGCCAGCUUGCCGAGGUCACCUUCCGGAACUUUGUCUGCGACCUCAAGCAGGUCGACAUCAACUACUGGCCGCACAUCCCGCAGGACAAAAGCAUCGUCCGGAUUACGUCCGUUCUGGACGCGUCCACGGUGAUCGUGUGCCCCAAAGACAAGAUCAACGUGUACACCGAGCUGCUACAAACGAUCCUCCCAGUGUUGAAGCCGCUUACGGCACCGCCCAAGCCCAACGAUGUCAUUGUUGGCGUUGAUGAACUCGCGAUGCCCUACCGGGCUCGAGUCUUGAAGGUCGUCUCCGCGAACGCCGUCGAAGUCCUCGAUCUGGACAACGGCACCAUCAAAACGGUCCCCGCGGACAAGUUGUACGGCGCCAACGGGUUCAUCCGCAACCUGCCGGUCUACCCGAUGAAGGUCAAAAUCCGCGACCUAGAUCCAACCGCCGUGAAGAACCCCGAACUGAUCAUCGAGCAGCUGCAAGACUUGCGGUCCGCCAAACGUCUCCUGAAGCAGCUGUUCGAGAGCAAGUCGUACAUGUACGACGGCGUCAAGCUGAUCGACCUGAACAUGAACCGCUCGCUGGGUGCCCUGCUGCUGGAGAACCACGACAAGAAGCUCAACGAGGCGGCCGAAGCCGAGCGAAAGAAGGCCGAAGCGGAGAAGCUCAAGCGCGAACAGGAGGAGGAAGCUGCACGGCAAGCCAAGGCCGAAGCUGAGCGUAAGAAGCGCGAACAGGAAGCGGAAAUCGAACGCCAGAAGGCCGAGCAGGAACGCAUGGAAGCCGAGAAGCGAAAGUUGGCGGAGGAACAGGCCAAGGCUGCUGCUGCUGCGGCCGCCGCCGCAGCCACCACCCCCACCAAGCUCACCUACAACGACCUCAAGCUGGUCAAACUGCCGGCGGGCACGCCGAACGUCAAGCUGUCCAUCCUGGACGACAGCGACGUGGGCCGCGGCAUCAUCACCGUGUGCGUGUUCGACGAGGAAAAUGCCGCCCACUACGACAAGCUGGACACGACGGUCAACAAGAUUGCGGCGACCAUCGGCGGGGACGGCUACGAUCCGGAGGUGGACGAGCUGUGCGUGGCGAUCUACGACGCGGACAAGCGCUGGUACCGGGCGCUCUGUCUGACGCCGCCGGACAGCGCCGGCGCCUUCAUGGUGCAGUUCGUCGACUACGGGAACGUGGCCACGGUGAAGCGGGCGGCGAUUCGCGCCAUGACGCCGGAGCUGAACUUUUCCUGUACGGCGCACACGUGCAAGCUGAAGGACCUGGAGAGCGCCAAGGGCAAGCUGGGCCAGCAGCAGCAGCAGCAGGGGUACGUCGUGGCGGCGGAGAUCGCGAUGGACGGGGAUGUUUAUCUGUUGAAGUCAAUGUUGGCCGUUUCCCGACUGACGAUCGGGCAGCUCCGCCCAAGGGUGGCUGCGAUCGGCACGAAAAAGUACUUUGCUGGUGGGACGACAUCCGGAGGGUGCACGUACAGUCGGCGCUGGUUCUCGAAAAAGGUAAAUGACUCGAUGGCGAAGGAGUUGGCGGCGCGACGCCGGAAGAUGCUCGCUUCCGGCGGUUGUUACAGCCCGCCGUACGAGGGUUGUAGCUCGGAGGAAGUGGCGGCGACGGGAGGAUGCCGGAUUGGGGUGCCGCUGAUCGGGGAGGACAUUCAGUACGGGGGUGGCGAUUGUGGUGGGAAGAGGAGCGCUGCGGAGCUCAAGAAACCUUCCUGCGAGCAAGAUUGUUCCGACGUGACGACCCGUCCCAAGUGUGAAGCUUCCCAGCCGCCAGCGAAGGAGCCCGACUUGAACAAAACAUCUCCGGCAUGUCCGCCGCCACCUCCGCCGUCGAAGGACAACACCGCGUACAUUAUCGGGGCCAUUGCGUUGACCGCAGGCGGAUUAGGCCUCGCCUACAAGAUGGGCCUGUUUGACGGAGAACCCACCGUGCAGCAGGUCGCCCCAGAACCCACCACGAGCUCAGGAACCAAGUCCAAACAGCGCUACCCUGCCUCGUCCAAAGACCUCCCCGGUGAGGUGCCCUACCUGCUGAUUGGCGGAGGAACCGCGAGCUUUGCCGCCUUCCGCGCCAUCAAAGGUCACGACGCGAAGGCCAAAGUGCUGGUCAUCAGCAACGAGCCGGAGAUGCCGUACAUGCGACCGCCCCUCUCCAAGGAGCUGUGGUUCAACCCGGAAAAGACGGACCUGGAACCGCUCAAGUUUAAACAGUGGAACGGCGUCGAGCGGAGCAUCUACUACGAGCCGGAUGACUUCUACAUCGAUCCGACGAAGCUGGCCGAGGCGCCGAACGGAGGGGUGGCCAUCGCGAGGGGUUACGAGGUGCAGCGGAUUGACGUGGUCAAUCGGAAGGUCGUGUUGACGGAUGGGACCGAGAUUAAGUACGGCGAGUGUCUGCUGGCGACCGGGGCGCGGCCGAAGAAUCUGCCGGUGUUCGAGUCGGCGCCGCUGGCCGUCAAAGAACAUCUGACGAUGUUCAAGAGUGUGAGUGACUUUGAAGAACUAAGCCAGAAGUUGAAGCCAGGCAGUAAGGUGGCCGUCGUCGGUGGGGGAUUCCUCGGCAGUGAAAUGUCCUGCGCGUUGGCAAAGUUCAGCGACAUCCGGGAGAAGAACCUCGAAGUUUACCAGCUGUUCCACGAGGAGGGAAACAUGGGCAAGAUCUUGCCGGAAUAUCUUAGCCAGUGGACGACGGAUCGCGUUCGCGAGGAGGGCGUCAAGGUUUGGCCCAAGACGCAGAUCAAGGCCGUCGAAGUGCAGGACAAGAAGCUCAAGCUGACGCUGACGGACGAUAGCAGUUUGGUGGUUGAUCACGCGAUCGUGGCCGUUGGUUCCGAGCCGAACACGGACUUGGCAAAGACGUCGAACUUGGAGGUUGAUCCUACGAUGGGAGGUUUCGUGGUGGACGCCGAGUUGCGGGCACGAUCACAUCUGUACGUGGCCGGUGAUGCCGCGUGCUUCUACGACCCCAAGCUGGGACGACGACGGGUAGAACAUCACGACCACGCGGUCGUCUCGGGACGACUUGCCGGGGAAAACAUGGCCGGAAAGAACAAACCGUACACCCACCAGAGCAUGUUCUGGUCGGACCUGGGCCCGAAAAUCGGCUACGAAGCGAUCGGCAUCAUCGACUCGGCGCUCCCCACGGUAGCGGUCUUUGCCAAGGCCAGCCCCGCCCAAAUCAUCCCGGACACGAGCGAAAAGCUGCAGGCGGCCAACGCCACCAUCAUUCCUGCUUCGGCGACCCAAACCCCGUCGAAUUCCUCGGUCCUGAACCACACCAGCGUUGUGAAGGCGGAAGCGAUGCCAUCGAAACCUGCGGAACCUGCGCGCGAAGACGCGGACGACUUCAACAAGGGCGUGAUAUUCUACCUGCGGGACGAGAAGGUCGUCGGGGUGCUGCUGUGGAACAUUUUCAACCGGAUCGGGACGGCGCGGAAGAUUGUGGCGCAGCACACGCGGUACGACGAUUUGAACGAGGUGGCGAAGCUGUUCAACCUGCACGAUCGGCCGGAAGCGGAGGAGGUGGAGGAGAAGGAGGAGGCGAAAAAUUAAAGUUGUUGAAAGCGCGCAAAAUUGUCAGUAAUUUAACCUUCGUAACCAGUGUAAAUUUAUUUGUAGUAGCAACUGUGUGGUGCAUUUUUCUUUUAUAAAGAUAUUUGAUUGCGGAUGUUGGCCGGAAGUAAACGGAAGAUUGUCAUCGAA